CUCUCUCUCUCUCUCUCACAACUCUUUCUGCCUUCCCCUAUUUUCACAUACUUGUACUAUAUUCUGCAAAUGCUUUUUGGGCCCUUAAAAGCUUUUCAGCCGAUUGAGUUUACAGUAGUAUAAACUGUUACUACUAUGUGUCAGUUAGCUGUGUUCUUUAUUCUUGCCUUUUAGUAGUGUUUCCUGCAAAACCCAUUUCUGAAGACUUGGAGCAUCUUCACCUUUUAGCUCAAGCCCCAAAUUUCAAGAUAAAUAACUCCUCCGCAAGAAUAAAACGUUAAAACUGGUGGAAUGGAGUCUUCUUAUACCGAGAUUUCCCCCAUGAUCUUAUUACCUACAACCAUCCUACCUACCUGCUCCUUGCCUUUCUUCGUUUUAUUUUUUUUUGGGUGCAAAAAAUGAAAAAGAAAAGCAGGAUAUUCUUUUUUCUGGCGCCUAAGCGAUCAUCAAAUAUCUUGUCUGGUUGGUCUUUUUAGCUGAUAUAUGGAUCACCUUUUCAGCAAAAUUUUCUUGCUUCGCUUUUUAUUUCUUUCUUGUCGGAUUGUCCAAUCUUGUGAGUUAUACUAUAGUGGAGUAUUAUUAGUAAAUAAUUUUGCGACGUAAAAAUUUUUUUCUUUUUGGGUGUCAUCCUCCAGUUUAGCCGUCGUUUUUCCUACCAAUUAAGUAAUGAAAAUGUUCCUUUAGACCAUUGAUUUGGGAAAAUAAUUCUUGUUUUGGUUUUCAUCUGAAUUUCGUGACAGUAUUUAAUAUAGCUGUCAACAACAUUAGUUAGAGUAGUCUAAUUUACUAUUAGUUGGAGUAGUCUAAUAUUACUACCGGGCCCGGACAGUUUUGUUUAAAAGCAGAAAAUAAAUAAAUAACUAAAUAAAAGUAUUUUUUUAAAAAACCUCGUUCCGUACUAGAAUGGUCCAAUUCUCUGGAAUUUGGAUAAGGACUGGUUUGUAGCUGACGUGUCAAAGGUCAAACAAGGGCGAGGUUAAGUUGCUAUGUUAGAUAGGGGACUGCUGAGGAAAAUUUAUUAACCCGAUAUUCGGGUUAAUUAGUAAUGUUAUUAUAGAUAUCUGAUUGAUAAUGUCCCGAAGUUGAUUUUUAUUGUAACUGGAAGCCCCUGUCUUACUUUUUCCCCUCCCCGGUAACCCAUCCACUUUAUAGUGGUGAAUGAUCAUCUUCAAUUUUUAUUCCUUCAUCUUUGGCACCAAGCAAGGUGGUCGUUAAGUUAACACAAUCUUAGCCAGCACUUGAAAACGUAUACUACGGUAAUUGCCUUAGGGGUAGGUGUGUUGCCCAACUAGGACAUCAUUAGGGGGGUUGUGGUUGCUGAGAAGUUGUAUCCUUGCCUAGGCGGUUUCACCCAUUUCUCCGUACGAAAAUCACUGCUCCUACCAUUUCACUAUUUAAUUAGGAAGAGGAAUGUAGAUCUAAAUGGUUGUUCUUUUAUUUUCCUGAUGCUAAAGAGGUUGUGUUGUUGAUUUCAUGUUUUAACUCUUGAUUUUAUUAUUGGCUUCCUGACAGCCAACUAAGGGCCGAUUUGUUUCUAAAUAUUGAGAUGCCUUGCAGGUAUACCAUAAGUACUUGAAUGUUACUUUCUGCUUCCUUUCUUUGAUUUAUGAGCGACGUACAAGUGGUUCGAGAUUCACUACCUUUGUUACAAACAAUGGUGACGUGCUCUUGUAUAACUAAAGAGCACCUUCUUAUUAUUUUAUAGUCUGGGUUGAAAAUACUUCUGUUUCUGUCCGUAAUGAACUUGCUGUGUAGACGAUUGUCAUUGUAGCUGCUGCUGCUGCUGCUGCUGCUGCUGCUGCCUAUCAAUUUGCUGUCUCUAGCGUUGUCUAAUAUUGCAUUAGAUGAAGCUGCUAGCUACCUUUUGAUGUUCUCAUGAUCUUUUUCGCUGGCCUUGAAUGCAAGGGCCAUUAACAUACAUACCCUUUGGUUCUACUGUGGUGAGGGCCGUUCACGGAUCAGUGUAUGACAAGAACCCGGAGGAACACGUUACUUCAACUGCAGUACCAGACGAUGUAAUCCAACCACAGUCGGAGGAGUACUGGGCUCCACACCCUCAAACCGGGGUGUUUGGCCCGUCCACCGAGCAGAACCCUGUAGCUUGUGGGGAGCGCGGUCUCCACACCUCGGAUGUUAAUGCACCUGAAGGCUCUGUGCUGGAGCAGAAGGCAUUUUUCCGCCCCCUUGAGGAUUUGGAGAAGCCGCCACCGCAGCCUUGAGUUGCAAAAGAACCUAUAUGUAUCUCAAUAGUCCUUCCUCUCGUGAUGUGUAGAAGACCAGAGGACGCUGAAGGGACUGUAGAAGCUUGAAAUUAGCUUACCUUUGUCUUGAUGUGUUACGCGUUAUUAGUAUCUAUGUGUGAGACUUGCCUUUUUAUGUGUUCAUAAGAUCGUAAGGUAGCCGUAGCGCUUGGCGGUGUCAAUCAUAACUCAGUUAUGUUGAUUUAUCCAAAAUUGCCUACUAAUAAUUUGUUCAAGCGAGACUUGCCUUUUCUGUGUUCAUAAGAUCAUAAGGUAGCCGUAGAGCUUGUUGGCGGUGUC